UUCAGCUCCGCGCGCUCCCCGCCUGCUCUCGCGCUGGAUUUUAUUCUGGGAUCUCGGACUGAUCAGGAGCGCGAGCCGCUGUCCAUGGAGGGCAGUGAGCAGAAGGAGAUGCAGCAGCAGGACGGGGACACGGGGGGCAAAAACUUCUGCCCCUCAGAGGAUAAAAAUUACUGCCCUACUGAGGGUAAAAACUCCUGCCUCGCGGAGCAGGGCAGAGCGCGCGUCGAGGAGGCAGAGGGGGGCUACGGCACGUUCAGCAGCGCGCAGGGGGAUGAGGAUGAUGACGGUGGGGGUGAUGAGAACAAAGCGCGCGGAAACUGGUCGAAUAAGCUGGACUUUAUCCUGUCCAUGGUGGGCUACGCGGUGGGCCUGGGGAACGUGUGGAGGUUCCCUUACCUGGCCUUCCAGAACGGGGGAGGUGCUUUUUUAAUCCCCUACCUGAUCAUGUUGGGUCUGGCUGGAAUCCCCAUCUUCCUGUUGGAAGUGUCUUUAGGUCAGUUCGCCAGUCAGGGACCCGUAUCCGUUUGGAAGGCUAUUCCUGCUCUGCAAGGUUGCGGGAUUGCCAUGUUGAUUAUUUCUGUGUUGAUAGCCAUUUACUAUAAUAUAAUCAUGUGCUGGACACUGUACUACCUGUUCGCUUCGUUCGCUUCGUUGAAGGACUUUCUUCCCUGGACCUUCUGCAACAACAGCUGGAACACAGCCGAGUGCAAAGACCAGCACAUGCUGAAACUGGAUUCUUGUAUAAUUCGGGAGAGAAACAUGAGCUCCGUUAAAAACACCACAUUCUGUUUGUCUGCAAACGCUGCUGGGAAUUUGAGCAAGUUAUUAAAUAUCACAGCAGACAACAGAAGCUACGUCAGCCCCAGUGAAGAGUAUUUCAAGUACAACGUGCUGCACAUCUCCAAAGGGAUUGAAUACCCCGGGGACAUCCGCUGGCCCCUGGCCGCGUGCCUCUUUCUCGCCUGGCUCAUUGUCUACGCGUCUUUGGCUAAAGGAAUCAAGUCGUCGGGCAAGGUGGUGUAUUUCACAGCCACUUUCCCUUACGUGGUUUUGGUCAUCCUGCUGAUCCGUGGCGUCACUCUGCCCGGCGCCGGUUCAGGCAUCCUCUACUUUAUCACUCCAAAGUGGGAGAAACUCAACGAUGCCAAAGUGUGGAAAGAUGCUGCCACGCAGAUCUUUUUCUCUCUGUCUGCAGCGUGGGGGGGCCUAAUAACUCUCUCCUCCUAUAAUAAGUUCCAUAAUAACUGUUACAGGGACACCAUCAUAGUGACGUGUACCAACAGCGCCACCAGCAUAUUCGCUGGCUUUGUCAUUUUUUCAGUCAUUGGCUUCAUGGCGCAUGAGCUGAAGGUGCCCAUCGAGAGUGUGGCUGAUGAAGGACCAGGCAUUGCGUUUGUUGUUUACCCAGAAGCCCUCACCAGGUUGCCAGUGUCUCCAUUUUGGGCGAUCAUCUUCUUCCUCAUGCUCCUCACGCUGGGGCUGGACACCAUGUUUGCCACAAUUGAGACGAUCGUGACCUCAGUGGCCGACGAAUUCCCCAAAUACCUGCGUAAACACAAAGCUGUCUUCACCCUGGUGUGCUGCGUGUCCUUCUACGUGCUGGGAUUCCCCAUGAUUACAGAGAGCGGUAUGUACAUGCUCCAGCUGGUGGACACUUACGCAGCCUCCUAUUCUCUGGUCAUCAUCGCAAUAUUCGAGCUGAUUGGAGUCUCUUACGUCUACGGCUACUUCAUUGAUGAGUUAGACACUCUUCUGAGUCUCUUCUCCAUCGAUGAACUCCUGCUCAUACUCUUGGGGGACAUCAGACAAGCUGCAGUCAUCCUGCCUGUUACCACUGCUAUCAUCCUUCGACCUCACCCUCAACCAGACUCCUCCAACGCACAAAGCAGCCUCGUGCUCCUCCGGCCGCGCUCGGGCUCCUCCGGCCGCGCUCGGGCUCCUCCGGCCGCGCUCGGGCUCCUCCAGCCACGCUCGGGCUCCUCCGACCGCGCUCGGGCUCCUCCGACCAUGCUCGGCCGGCUCAUAUCUACUGAAGUUGGCAUGCUACCCAGCUAG